UUCCUUCUCUUCUCAUCCCCUUCAAGCCAUUCUCCAAAAUCAAUCAUACUUGAGAGAGAGAGAGAGAACACAGACGAAACUUAGUUUCUUCAUUCUCGUUGUCGUAGAGAUUCUUCCUUCCUCCCGAAUAAAUCUCUCCUUCUGCGGCGGCGAUAAAGAAGCAAAACAAAAAACAAAAGUUUCAACCUUUAACUCUCUGUUUUCUUCUCUCUUUCAAGAACCCACAUACUUCGAAAAUGGCUCGUUCUCUUUCUAACGUUAAGAUCGUUUCUGCUUUCCUCUCUCACGAACUCUCCAAUGCUAUCUUCCGACGUGGUUAUGCGGCGACGGCGGUGCAAGGGAGCGGAGGAAGAAGCGGAGCUGUUACUUCGGCUGCGAUGAAGAAGAAGGGAGUGGAAGAAUCAACCCAGAAGAUUUCAUGGGUUCCAGAUCCCAAAACCGGUUAUUACAGACCCGAAACCGGUUCCAACGAGAUUGACGCCGCUGAGCUUAGAGCAGCUCUCUUGAACAACAAGCAGUGAUUAGUUAACUUUUUCUUUUUUUCAGUAUAAAAAAAAGAAGAUUAAUUAUUUGAUGUUAAAUUUUUCAAGGUGUUUUGUUUGUUAUUAAGAGGAGAUUAGGGGAAGUGUGGGUAAUGAUCUGUUGCAGUGAACCCUAUUUUCAUCUGCUAAACUCGAUUCUGUAAUAAAAUUGAUUAGAGAGAACUAUUUGGUUUCCUCUAAACUUGUAACAAAAAUAUAAGGAUCGUUGGAUGUAUGAUGUAUCUUAUAUAAUAGAGUUUUUUUUUU